AUGGAGAGUGCAAUUAAACUCUGCAACUGUCUUAAGGUCACCAUUGGGCUCAUGCAACACCACCUCCUACUGGCCAGCACCUUGGCAGGUAAACAGCAGCACCACCUCCUACUGGCCAGCACCUUGGCAGGUAAACAGCAGCACUGCUUCCUACUGGCCAGCACCUUGGCAGGUAAACAGCAACACCACCUCCUACUGGCCAGCACCUUGGCAGGUAAACGGCAACACCACCUCCUACUGGCCAGCACCUUGGCAGGUAAACGGCAACACCACCUCCUACUGGCCAGCACCUUGGCAGGUAAACAGCAACACCGCCUCCUACUGACCAGCUCCUUGGCAGGUAAACAGCAGCACCACUUCCUACUGGCCAGCACCCUGGCAGGUAAACAGCAGCACUGCUUCCUACUGGCCAGCACCUUGGCAGGCACAGGGCACCUGAAGGCAGUGAAUCUGUCCCAUAAUGCCCUGGGCUCUAUGGGCUUUGAGUUGGUCCUGAAGACUCUGCCUCUCCACUGUCUCACACACCUCCAUCUGGCUGCCAUCCGCUGUGAACCCUCUGACCACCCUGCUUUAGAACAUCUGAGGUCAGUCCUCCUGUCCCAGGAUGACUGCUCCCUAACCCACCUGAGUCUGGCGGGAAAUGGACGGCAGCGUAGCCACCCUCGCCAGGGUGUCUACCUCUGUCCCUCCGUGGUGUCUUUGGACCUGUCAGAGAACCCAGCAGUGACCUCAGUGGGACUCCACAGCCUCCUCUCCACCCAGCGACCUUUGACCUAUUUCAACCUUCAAGUUACAGUUGUCAGGCAGCCGGACCCUGGGACAACUCUAGUUUGGACGGCCUGUCAGAACAGGUCCAGGACCUGUGGCUGUGGCUGUGCUCACAGAAGCUCAACAAACUGGACCGUGAGGCGCUGCAGCAGACAUGGGGCCAGAGGAGGUUAACUCCCAAGUGGCGCAGUGGUCUAAGGCACUGCAUCGCAGUACUAGCUGUGCCACUAGAGAUCCUAGUUCAA